AUGAAGCACCAUUUGAUGAUCGGUACCUGGACGCCACCAGGAGCCAUUUUCACAGUCUCUUUCGACGAUGAGACGCAUGCGUUGGAGCUUGUCAAGCGAACAGAGAUUCCCGAGGACCAGCCGAUCUCGUGGAUGACUUUCGAUCAUGCGAAAAAGAACAUCUACGGCGCUGGCAUGAAGAGAUGGGGCUCGUAUACUGUCCAGAGCCCAAGCGAGAUCACGCAUCAUACUUCCUUGCCAAUCGGUGGCCAUCCGCGGGCGAAUGAUGCAGACACCAAAACGAGGGCUAUCUUUGUGCUGGCUGCGAAGAAGGCGCCGUAUUGUGUUUAUGGGAAUCCGUUUUAUGACCAUGCCGGAUUCUUGAAUGUGUUCAGCGUUAAUGAUGCUGGACGAUUGAGGGAGAACAUCCAGAAUGCUGAGUUGGACGAGCGAUCGGCUGUGCAUGGAAUGGUUUUUGACCAGGCUGAGGAGUAUCUGUAUUCGGCGGACAUGUGGGCGAAUAAGAUCUGGUGCCAUAAAAAGGACAUGCAAACUGGUCAACUCACCCUUGUCGGCAGCGUUGAAGCCCCUUCGCCUGGCGAUCAUCCCCGCUGGGUCGAACUCCAUCUUUCUGGUGCUUAUCUGUACGCUCUCAUGGAAGCAGGCAACCGCCUCUGCGUAUAUGUCAUCGACCCAGCCACCCGAUUGCCCGUCUACAGCCGAACUGCAUAUGAUCUGAUACCGCCCAAUUUCGCCAAGUUCCACCCAAAGAUGUACCGCUCAGAUGUCGUUUUCACCUCUCAAUCCGGCGAAUACCUCUUCGCCACUGCUCGAUCAAACUCGCCGAAACUGCAAGGCUACAUCAGCGCCUUCAAGCUCGGUAAAGAAGGCCAGAUCGAAAGGCAGAUCUUGCUGCAACCUACCCCAACGAGUGGAGGACAUAGCAACGCCGUGAGCCCUUGUCCGUGGACGGAUGAGUGGGUGGCGCUCUGUGAUGAUGAGCAAGGGUUUGUGGAGAUCUGGAGAUGGGAGGGUGAGGUGUUAGGGAGAGUGGCGCAUUUGGAUAUCAAGGAGCCGGGAUUUGGCAUGAAUGCCAUUUGGUACGAUUGA